UUCAAAAUGGCGACGUUCAGGAAAAUACUUUUCUCGCCAUGUGCAAGACACUAUCAUCAUGUUUCACAACCAGUUCCGCGCAUUGUUAGACAAUUUAAUACCAGAUGCAUUACCUUAAAUGACUUUCUCACCAAUAAUCGAUAUAUCAGAACCGCGUGUAGGUUAUACACAUCGGGACCGGGGAAGGACGGUCCUGCGGCUACACCCGGUUCUACUCAACCCCUUGGUUCGAUCUUGAAGCAGGCCGAAGAAGAAUGGAAACAAGAGCAAAAGGCAAAGGAAGAGGCUAAAAAGAAGAAAGGGAAAAGUGGAUUCGCAAGAGCGCAGAAGUGGGCGUUUAUUGUUACGUUUGGAUCAUUAGGACUUGGUGGUGUAUUUGCUGUCUUUGAUUUUGGUGCACCCAAAACAGAUGAGCAGGGAAACAGGAUACCUGAUGAAUUUGAUAAUAGUUUUAUAGUAUGGGCAUAUCUACAAAGAACAUAUAAAGCAUUCACAGAGUAUAGAACU